AUGAAAAGUAAAUGGGUUCCUUCUCCUGUCAGCAGUGGAUAGCCUAGAGCAGCAACGGCUCUUGUGCAGCAUCUCGGGGGCAGGACAGGAGCCAGGGAGCUCCACGGGGGUGGCAGCGAGGCACAGAGCCAGGCAGAGGGCAGCGAGCGAUGGAGGACGUCCCACCACAGGGCGGCUCAGUGGACGUGCAGGAGAUCCUCGGAAAGAUGGCCCUGAACCUGAACCUGACCUUCCCGCAGCAGAUGGGCAGCCUGGACCCCAGUGGGUCUGCUGACCCCAGCAAGGAGGUGGAUGAAUUUCUGACCAACCCCAGCCUCAGUGAAGCUUUCCCCUUCCAGCCAGAAGUGCCUCCCACCACCAGAGCUGAAGACUGUGUGGAUGGGACGGAAUCCAUUGAGGAGAGCCUUUAUGAGUGCUUCCCUUUUCAAAUGGACAAAAAUGACAAUAUCAGUUCAAGUAGGCCAAUCAAGGAAGUGGAAACAGUGAAAGAUCCAUGUGGUCUUCCGCCCUGUCGGCUGAAUGCAGAUCAAACCAUCAGCCUGUGGAAGAACAUUGAAUCUUAUAUUUUCCUGAAUCCCAUGGCCAGAUCGGAGAGCAGGGAAAAUAUAUCGGCUGCUCAGGAGGAAGGUGUGAGCCCGGAAGCUGAGAGGAAUCAGUGUGAUCUCAGCACUCUCAGGCUCCAGCUCUUUGGAGCGAUCUUUGAGGGCAACCUGGAGAGAAUUGACGGCCUCCUGCAGAAGAUUGAGGAUGCCAACGGGUACCUCUCCAACCCGAAGCUCAGAGACCCCAACACGGGGCAGACCUGCCUGAUGAAGGCCUUGCUGAAGAUAACCAACAAGGUCGAGGAGCAGUCCCAGGACAACAGAACGGUGGAGAUCGUCAGGAAGCUCAUCUCCUUCUCAAAGAGACACAAGGACCUGGCCGACCUCAUCAACGCCGCCUACACCGACAAGAUUUACCGGGGGCAGACGGCUCUGCACAUUGCGGUGGAGCGCAGGCGCUGUGACCUGGUCCAAGUCCUGGUGCAGAACGGAGCUGCCAUCGAUGUGAUGGCCAAGGGGAGCUUCUUCCGGAACAAGAGGAACAAGCAGUGUUCCUUCUACUUUGGGGGAUUCCCGCUCGGCCUGGCCGCUUGCACCAACCAACCGGAUGUCGUGACCUUCCUGAUCGAGCAGGGGGCGGAUCCCCGGGCGCAGGACCGGGCGGGCAACACAGUGCUGCACGCCCUGGUGUCCAUCGCCUGCGAGACGGCGGAGACACGCAGCUUCGUGACGGACAUGUACGACUUCAUCCUGAUCAAGAGCGCGGACCUGGAGCCCCACAGCAACCUGGAGAAGAUCACCAACCGCAAGGGCCUGACCCCGCUGCACCUGGCCGCGCACACCGGCAAGAUUGGUAUAUUUAGACACAUUCUGGGGAGGGAAAUAAAACAGCAGAAGUACAAACACCUCUCCAGGAAGUUCACGGAGUGGGAGUAUGGUCCGGUGACAUGUUCCCUCUACGACCUGUCAAGUGUGGAUACAAUCGAGGAGAAUUCGGUGCUGCAGACUGUUGUUUACAGCAGCAGGAACAGGAACCGACAUGAGAUGCUGUGCGUGGAACCAAUGAAUGAGCUCCUGCAAAGGAAGUGGGAGGAUUUUGGCGCCUACAUGUUCCUCAUCAGCUUCCUCUUUUACCUGUCGUACAUCUUGUGCCUAACCAUCAUGGCUUCCCACAGACCGGAGGGAAACAAGGCAGCAGGUUGCGUGUCCUGGGUGAAGACUCAGGUUUAUAUAGUGCUGGCUGCUGUGUACUUUCUUAUUAAAGAGGGGGCUGAGAUGGUCUACCUGAGGCGCUCGGACCUGCACUCCGUGCUGGUGGACGGCUCCUUCCACAUCCUGUACUUUGUCCAGUCGGGGCUUGUGGUCAUCUUCAGCUCCUUGUGCUGGGCGGAUGUGGAAGGUUCCCGAAUCUUGCUGGUCCUGGCUCUGGCCCUCGGCUGGUUCAACGUGUUGUAUUACACACGGGGCUUCAAACUCACCGGAAUUUACUGUGUCAUGAUUAAAAAGAUUAUUCUGCAGGAUAUCCUGAGGUUUCUCCUGGUUUACAUGGUUUUCAUCGUGGGAUUUGCAGCAGCUCUUGCCUCGUUGAUUGAGGAGUGCCCGGCCGGCAUCGAGUGCCCAUUUAGUGGCUUCAGCACUACCAUCUUGGAGCUCUUCAAGCUCACCAUCGGCCUGGGGGACCUGGGCAUCCAGAAACACUCGCGGUUCCCUGUCUUCUUCCACACCCUGUUGGUGCUCUACGUCAUCCUGACCUUCGUCCUGUUGCUCAACAUGCUGAUUGCUCUGAUGGGAGAGACCGUGACCAAGAUCUCCAGUGACAGCGAGAAGAUCUGGAAACUCCAGAGGGCCGUCACCACCCUCUACUUUGAGCGAAACCUGCCCAGGUGGGUGCGGACAAGAUGUAAAAACGGCCACAGCUUCACGGACGUGACGGUGGGACUCACACCCGAGGGGAGAAAGGACCAGCGCUGGUGCCUGAGGCUGAAUGAGAUGAACUGGUCGGAGUGGGACACCCGGAUAGAGACGACGGUGGAAUCGGGCUAGUCACAGACUGGGCCAGGAGCCCAGGACACUGCCGAGACCUGCUGCAUUUGUGUAGCCCCUCUCACACCCCACAGCAUGCUCCAACCAGAGGUCCCCACUGUUGUAGGAAACACAGCAGCACAGCAGGACUCCACAAACUGCAAGGUGGUAACGAUUCAAUGAUCUCCUGAAUUCAGCGAAGUUGAUUGUGAGAGAACCUUGGACCCAGGACACCGACAUCUCCCUGUUCGUCGAAACGAUGGCUUCAGUAUUGUCUCUGGAAUGGGCAGAUAGACUUGGAUUCAUUUAUCGUUCAAAGGACGUCCCUCCCACAGCGUGACCCUCCCUCAGUACCGCCCCUCCCACGUUCCGUCUCACCACCUCUGCGCCACUGUCUGUGCUCAUCCCUCGAGCUGCUCUGGGAGACGUCCCUCACCCCGCCUGCCUCACUGCUGAUGAACUCUGGGACCCCCAGCCGGGGAUCCCGGUCUCCCCACCACCUCCCCCCACCCCCCCCCCACCCCGCCAGGGAUCCCAGUCUCCCCCACAGGGAUCCCGGUCUACCCGCCGCUGGGGUGUUGUUCAUAAAGUUUUACUUUUAUAAAAAAAUCUUUAACAGAGGAACUUCGUGAAUGAAU